UAAAGUCCUGUCCCUGAUGGCUUCGUAGGCAGGUUCAGUUGUUUAUUAAGUUUAUUCCUCUUACUACACUGUCUUAUGUCUGUGGUUUUGCAAUAGCUUUUUUAUUGCUUGUUCUAGAUGUUUAUGUGUUCGAUUUCCUACGGAGUGUUGCUGGCAUUUGCUGGCAGAGGCAAGCUGUCUGUCAUCUGCUGGCAGUUGGAUUCUUAACAACUUGGCUUACGGACUGUGAACAAGGUCAAUGCGAGAGGCAGGCUUGACAACAGUGCACAAGAAGUCCCUGCUGUAACAGGGGAUUCAAUCUGACGAACAUGGCCUGUUCUGGUGAUAAGCGUGGGAUCCAGUUCCAGUUCACCAGUGGCUCCAACGACGUAUGCGCCAAGAGAAAUGUCACGAUUCGUCUUAGGGACAUUUAUGACCCCAAGCCUUCUCCCAAAGCCCCGGUCCGGAUACGACCUCCAGCUCCAAGACCUCCAUCAGUACAGGAACUCAAUUUAAAGCAAAGCUCGCCAGGUGAUCCUCCAACCAAGACCAUCAUGAGGAGAAGAGCUCAUUCUCUUCCUUCCACUGCAGAACGAAAAAAGGAACUUCGAAGCCUGCAGGUACGCUUUGUUGACUCGUUGGGCCUCGAGUUGGAAGAUGUUAAGGUCUUCAAAGUUCAAGAGGAGCCCCUGAUACCCCAACAUGUCAUGUUCAGACUACUGAUGAGCUCAGAACUGGCUUUUGGGAAGUCAUUAGAGCUUUCUCUGCCUUACUUCAAACCGUGUUUCCCUGAAGAUAUGAGGAUUCAAUCAGACUUUUUUAACCGUCUUUCCUCUCAGAGCGUGUGUCUGGAGCAGGUUUCGUGUUCAGAGCAGGGGAUAACAGGCACAAUACAAGUUAUGAAUUUAGCUUACGAGAAGGAAGUCACAUUGCACUACUCUUUCACCAACUGGAGAACACACACAGACACAAUGGCAUCCUGGGUGUCAAGCGGGAACCGUGGGAGGUGGGAUGAUCCAGAAACAGAUAUCUUCAGAUUUCGUCUGCCUGUUCCACCCUUCAUUUUGCAGCCAGGAGCCAUGUUAGAAUUUGCCAUCUGCUACCGUGUUAAAGGACGUAAUCAUUGGGACAAUAACAAUGGACAUAAUUACAAACUGUCCUGCCACAGUUACAAAGUGACUGUGCCGAGGGAGUGUGAGGACAGCAUGCUGCACUUCACCUGAGUGUCCACAUGAGGGGGCUGUUACACCUGUCAUAGCAACUAUACUUCCCUUUACUUAUUUCUAGGAGAGUUAAUAAUACCUUUGUAAAAUGAUCUGUACUUCACCUUUGAGGUACUUUCCCCCCAUGUACUGUAUUUUGACUUCACUACAUUUCAGAGGCAAAUAUUUCAUCUACAUUAUUAUUGAAGAGCUUUAGUCAGCUUUCAAAAUAAAUGCAAUUGAUAUGGUCAUUUUUAUAAGAAAGUGCCUUAUUAAGGAGGCAAAAACAACAACAUUGCAUAGCAGUUGAAAUGCUGCUUACAUCUUAAUAAUUUAUAGAAAUAUUAGAAGAACUAAAACCGUCAAAUAGUAUUAAAAAAAUGCAACUGCACCACAUAUUUUAAAUGCAGCCCAAAAGGGGUAUGCAACAAUACAGUAAUGCACUUUCAUCAUGAAAAAACCCCACCAAACUGGGGACGGGGUGAUAUCUAAAGAAAUUGACUCAUUUGCCAUGAUUAAAUUAGUACAUUUAUGUAAAAAUCUGUAACUUAACUUUCAAAAUUGUUGCUUUUUUUUUUUUACAGGGAACCACAUUCCCCUCUGCAAAGCACUGGAUUGUAGAGUUCCAACAAUGCAGCUCAGAAGCACCCCACCACCACCCUUGUAGUUUGUAACGCUGGCUUUCUGAUUACAUUUUAAAAACCUGCAGCCGGAGAGCAGAUAACCCCUUUAUAUAAAUGAAAGGAUUUCUUUCCUCCUGCUGGGCUUUUAUUCAGAUUAAAUCUCUGCCACCUUUGAGAAUCUGCUCACUCUGCACUUCUGGCGACCCAAUUUAAUAAUACACAGUGUUGCUAUUGUUGUAUCUUUGCACAGAAUUUUCUCAAGGUACAGACACAGAGAGAAGGCUGCAGUCAACAUGAGUUUGUAGUUAAUGUAUUCUCUGCUGGGGCGAACAUGGCUUGACCCUGGGAGCUGGUUUUGUUUUUGGAGGAGGAUUACAGUGUUUGUUCCUCUGUUACACUCAGAUCCCCCGACAGCUCUGACCUUUCACCAGCAACGUUUCCACUGAUAUGAGAGGCCAGAUUCCUCAGGACUCUUUUGGCAGGCAGCAGUGUGUGGCUCAUGGGAGGACAUUCUUCCGUUAGCUGCCGCAGCUGGAUGGCAUGCUUUACACACUAUCGCAGCCAUCCGAACCGCCAAAACAUUACUGAGCAUGUCGGGUCUAUUUACACUGUUCAGUCAUGCACAGGGGAUGCAAACUAUGACAGUUGAUCUAAAUAAAGACAAACUCUGAA